UUUACCUACAGCCAUCUGCAAGCGCAGUAAAUAUAGACGUUGUAUGGAAUAAAGGUAUUCAAACAGAUAGUUUUCACACGAGAUAAUAAAUAACUUUAAUUGUAUCACAGGGUGCCCUAGAGUACCCCGCUGUACCUGCUAGGUAGCACGGGACUGCAAGAGCGGAGCAGGAAAAAAGUAGUCUUACCUGUAGCCCAAGUUCUUGCAUCUCUUAUCCCGUUCUCCUGCACCAUUACCUGCACCGACUUGAAAGUCCAGUUUCACAAGCAAGAACAAGAGAGGAACCCAACAUGUCACAGGAUACAGACAACAAGCGCCUGGUGGUGGUGGUGCCGAACGAGACGACCUUCCACUCCCGCCGGGCCUACACCAGCGAGGACGAGGCCUGGAAGUCGUACCUGGAGAACCCGCUAACCGCCGCCACCAAGGCCAUGAUGAGCAUCAACGGGGACGAGGACAGUGCGGCGGCUCUGGGGCUACUCUACGACUACUAUAAGGUUCCGAAAGAAAAGAGAUUGCUGCCCAUCGCAAAAGUGGUUGAAAUUUCAGAGGACCACGAAAAGAGACCUGGGCUGGUGGUACACAGCAGUCCGAGCGACGCGGUGGAGAUGGUGGAUAACCACGUGCAGGUGCUGAAGUCGGUGCCGGUGAACCUGUCCCUGAACACGGAGCACCCGGAGGACAAGCGGGAGCCGUACGGGGCGGGGCCGGGCCCGGGGGCGGGGCCAGGGGCGGGGCCUGAGGAGGGCGGGGCCGCGGCGGCGGUGGUGAAGGCGGAGGUGUGCACCUCGGUCUUCAUGGCCCCUGGGGUGCACUACCGGGGGGAGGCCCCGGAGCCGCCCCGGGUCAUCUACGAGCCGAGCCCCUACGCCGCCUCGCCCGUCCAGCACGGCGCCUACAUGAAGGACGACCAGCGCAGCUCCCCAGACAGCUGCUACGAGGAAGAGCAGGACAAAUACCACACGUCGUCACUGGGAGCUAAUGAGUUUGUCUACGACCAACCAGGAGUGGACACUCUCCAGUACACCCUGGAGGCCACCAAAUCGCUGCGGCAGAGGCAGGGGGAGGGGCCCAUGACCUACCUGAACAAGGGGCAGUUCUACGCCGUCACCCUGAGUGAGACGGGCUCCAACAAGUGCCUGCGCCAUCCCAUCAGCAAAGUGCGGAGUGUGGUCAUGGUGGUGUUCAGCGAGGACAAGAACCGAGACGAGCAGCUGAAGUACUGGAAGUACUGGCACUCCCGGCAGCACACGGCCAAGCAGAGGGUCCUGGACAUCGCGGACUACAAAGAGAGCUUCAACACCAUCGGGAACAUCGAGGAAAUCGCAUACAACGCCAUCUCCUUCACCUGGGACGUGAACGAAGAGGCGAAGAUCUUCAUCACGGUGAACUGCCUGAGCACGGACUUCUCCUCGCAGAAGGGGGUGAAGGGCCUUCCCCUCAUGAUCCAGAUCGACACCUACAGCUACAACAACCGCAGCAACAAGCCCCUCCACCGCGCCUACUGCCAGAUCAAGGUCUUCUGCGACAAGGGGGCCGAGAGGAAGAUCCGGGACGAGGAGAGGAAGCAGAUCCGCAAGAAGGUGAAGGGCCAGACGUGCUCGGCGCCGUACGCUAACGGUGAGGCUAACGGGAAGGAUGGGGGCCUGGGGGUCGUGCCGCUGGUGAAGAAGUGUGACAUCACCUACUUCAAACACAUGACGGAUCUGGACUCCCAGCCAGUCCUCUUCAUCCCAGACGUCCAUUUUGGAAACCUGCAGAGGGCGGGGCAGGUCUUUGCCUUCAACACUGAGGAGCUGGAGAGGGAGGGGAGCGUGCUGGUGAAGAGGAUGUUUAGGUCAUCUGAGGAAGACUACUGCCCCCCUUCGAAACAGGUCAAAGAGGAAGUUCAUAAGAGAGUUCUCCUGUACGUGCGGAGGGAGUCGGACGAGGUGUUUGACGCUUUGAUGCUGAAGUCCCCGACCUUGAAGGGACUCAUGGAUGCGAUAUCGGAAAAGUACGCCAUACCUGUGGAGAGGAUGGCUAAAAUCUACAAGAAGAGCAAAAAAGGGAUCCUGGUCAACAUGGACGAUAACAUCAUAGAGCAUUACUCCAACGAGGACACUUUCGUCCUGAGCAUCGACAGCUUCGCGGACGCCUACAAAAUCACGCUGGCCGAAAUCUGAGGGGCUCGCCGGACGCCCGCGGGGGGGACCUGCGGCCUGGCCUGCUCCUGUCCUGUCCUCUACGAGAGACUCGGGCCCCUGGGCACCGAGGACAGGGCCAAUGGCGAGGAGGGAAACCAGCUCCUACAGCAGAGCGGACCUCUCAUAGCAAAUGAACCUAAUCAGGAAGUGCAGUCCUGUCCAGUGAACUCCAUUACCCAAGGAACUGCUCCAUCCCUGUAAAUACACUCCUGUCCAGUGAACUCCAUUACCCAAGGAACUGCUCCAUCCCUGUAAAUACAGCCCUGUCCAAUAUGCUCUGUCACUGAGGAAAUGGAGUCUUGGCCAGUACACUGUGUUACUGGGGAAACUGACUUAAUCUGUAAAUACAAUACUAUCCAAUAGACUACAUUACCUGGGGGAAUGGACCUACUCUGUAAAUACAGUCAUAACCAGUACUCGGCUUGUAAUAUUCUCAGCUAAAGUCUAGUGGGCCAGAAUUUAUGCCACCACUCUGUUUGAGGGUAAAUAAUCCUCUGUUUUGGGUCCACGAUGACAGUAUUUUUCAAAGAAAAUGGCAUCACACCACAACAAGUUUGUGAAGCUGUCCGGUGGGCUACUGUCGUGCUUCUUCAAUGACCCGCACAACCAUGAACCCGCCAGCAGUGCAAAGGUUUUCAAGGCCACAUCCUCCAGCAGUGGCCCAACAGCGCCCCCUAGAGGCGGACGACAGAAUAGAACUUCAGCAACGGAUCGAGAGAGCAGUAUUCUGUGUUUUGGGUGGACUCUACCACAGAAACACAGGAGGGGUGCGUCGGUGUGGAGCGAUCAGGGUCACCUGAUUGUGGUGCCGGGUGAGGUCACUGCAGGUGAGGCUCACCAGAGACUCCAGAUAUGUGUUAAGAAGCAUCUUGCGGACAUCACUGACCCUGCCUUCCCAACUGUGGUCACGAAGUCAAAGUUACAGUGGCGGUAUGAGGAAAGCUGUGUAUUGCUUCUUUGGUUUGUGACUAAAAUGGAUUCCAUAUUAGCGCUGUAUAAAAAGUUUAUUUUAUUACUGAACAGAUAUGCCAUACUUGUUUCCCUGUGCUGAGUAUGAACGUUAAUGUAAAAGAAAAAAAGAUUUUUAGGCGAUGUACAGUUUGUUUUAUAUUUUCUUAAAUCUAAAUACUGUAAACUGUAUGGACAGCUCAUUAGCAUGGUGUAAAAAUACAUAAUGAAAGUG